AUGCGCUUCUUUCCAGCACUCGUGGCGGCCGUCGGUCUCGCCGGCAAGGCCCAGGCUUGUCUUUCUCUUCACGCGUACAUCCACAACAAGCCUCUCGCGCCCUCCGCAUGCAUUCUGCAGCUCUGGGACAAGCCCGAGGGUGAGGGCGAGACCGAGGUCUGGACGAUGGAGACUUGCGACGCACCCUUCGCUAUUGAUAACGAGGACUACAUGUGCAACGAAGAUGACAUCUACAAGGCUUGCAUCACUAACAACUCCAAGAAGGGCCAUAUCUGGAACAGAUACCACAGCUAUGACAAGCAGCUCGAUCUCAUCAACACCGACUACAACUCCUACUGCUGCGCGUGGAGCGCCAGUGGCGGCUGCAUCCUCAACUGCAGCGAGUACGAGAGCUGCCUCAACGACAACUGGGGUUGCGGCUCCUGUAACCUGUGCGACUUCCGCUCCUACUGCGACGACCACUACAAGCUGUUCCGCAGGGACCUGCCGCAGAGCCCCGCCCAGAAGAGGAGCGACAAUGCCGCCAAGAUCGCCGAGCUCGAGAAGAGCGCUAGGCAGGAGCAGGAGGCCUACAUCGCGGAGCACGGCCAGGAGGAGUUCGACGCCAUCGUGCAGGGCUACAGGCUGCAGCCAGCGCGAGGCAUGAAGGCCGUCGAGUAA